GGUAAAAUAUACGAAUUUAAUUUUUUAAUAUGGUUCAACUCAAGUGUCUUACGAAUUCAAAUAUACUAAAUCAUAUUUUUAAAAAAUAAUGUGAAUUUUAUGUGUGUAGAUUUGAUGGGAAGGAAUUCUUGAGGAGAAUGAAGGGGAAGAAAGUUAUGUACGUGGGAGAUUCUUUAAGCCUAAACAAUUUUGAAUCUCUUCUUUGCUUGCUACAUAACGCAACUCCAGCUAUGAAAUACAAACAAAAAGACACUCCUCACAAUAUUACUGUCACCUUUCAGGAGUAUGAUGUUCAAGUGAUCCUAUUUCACUCAAACUUCCUAGUGGACAUUGAGGAGGAACAAAUAGGGAGAGUGGUGAAGAUGAAUUCUAUGAAGAAUGGAGAAAUUUGGAAGCAAAUGGAUGUUUUGAUAUUCAAUAGUUGGCUAUGGUGGACUAGGACCGGACUGAAACAACCGUAAAAAUAAUCGAAUUUUCGAUCUGUUUUUUUCCGGAAUGGAUGUCACGUUUAUUAACCCGACCACCAUUAUCGGACACAUUACUUGAUUUACUUUAUUUUUGUUACAGAUGGGAUUACAUUGAAAAACUCGACGGUCAGAUAGUGAAAGAUAUGAAUCGGCUUGGGGCAUUUGAAAUGGUUCUUCAAUCAUGGGCGCGGUGGGUCGAUCGAGAGACAGAUCCAAACAAAACCAAAGUCUUCUACCAAGGAGAAUCUUCCUCCCCCUAUCACUAUCGCGGCAAUUACUGGGGAAAGUCAGCAGACAUAAAUUGUCAAAGUGAGU